UCUCGUGACCGGACUAUAUAUUCCUAUUGCACUCCAACAGCCAAAAAAGGGAUGGAGCUUGUGUAGGGUGACUUUAGAGGACUUUGAAAAGAGAGGAACCAAGAAGGGUAGCUCGCUCAGCUCUUCUUUUCUCCUUGUCUUCCUGCCUCCCUUCCUGCUAUCCAUCUGUAUAUCUUCUCCUCUGAUCUUUUGGUGUUGUGUGGAAAACGAAGAGUUUGUUUUGCUUUUCUUUUUGCCUUGGUAGGGAAUAUAGGUUUUGGAUGAUGCAUGUGAUACCUUCUGAGUUCUUAGUUGAAAUCUAAAGUAUUCCAUUAGUUUUUGUGUCCUCUGUAGACAUCUCAAGGUUCCAUUGGAUGGAUCGAAGGUAUGCAAAGUUUUCCCUUCUUUUUUGAAGGUUUUUCUUUCAGAGGGCACUUUUCUUGCGGGAAAUAUCUCGUUUCUGUCAAUCUUUCCGAAAGGCCCACUCUUCUAUAUCUCGAAAGCCAAAUAAACCCAAGCUUUCUGUCUCUUAUUUUAUUUCUUGCUUUUCGUUUAGAAGAUCCAAAGUCCAUUUGUCUCUAGCAAAAAGAUCUCUUUUUAUUUUUAGAAAAAAAAAAAAGAAGAAAGAUCUCAUUUUUCCUCAGUAUCUGAAGGGAAAACAUACAGGAAAGUUCUUCUUUCUAAUUAAAGUUGGUGUUUUGGAAGCUGAAAAAACUUGAUUCUCUGAAAAUUCCCAGCCGAAAACAGUAGAGAAAAAAGUCCGAUCUUGAACUAAAAAGAGUUGAUAUAAAGAUCCAAUUUUUACGAUCGCAUUACCUGAAGGAGUACAUCGAGGGGCUUCACCCGUAGACGCGAUGCAGGGCACGACGGCGGUGGCUGGAGCGGUCCAGGGGGGGGCGAAGCCCCCGUUACCGGAGCCGGAGCAGCACCUCAAGUGCCCCCGAUGCGACUCCACUAACACCAAGUUCUGCUACUACAACAACUACAACCUCUCCCAGCCCCGCCACUUCUGCAAGGACUGCCGCCGCUACUGGACCAAGGGCGGAGCCCUCCGCAACAUCCCCGUCGGCGGAGGCACACGCAAGAACUCCAAGCGCUCCGCUGCCUCCGCCACCGGUGGCGCCACCGCCUCCAAACGUCCCUCCACCUCCACGCCGCCACCUCCACCCUCCGAUCACCUCCCAAAGCCGGAGCCCUUUUCUGUCCUCUAUCCACCAGCCACCGACCCCGACGACCGGCUGCUCGACAUCACCGGGAGCUUCAGCUCGCUGCUCGCCUCCAGCGGAGGCUUCGGCAACCUUCCAGAGUGCUUCGGCUCCGGCGCGGCGGGCGGCGCCACCGUGGGUAUGCGGAAUUCCGGUGGUCCGAACAGUUCGAUCGAGGGGGGGAUGGAUCAGCUGCAGAGCUCCAGCGAUAGCAACGGCAAUGAGAACUCGGCGGCGCUGGAGAAUUUCUUGGGGGAUUCCGGUGGCUGGGCUAAUGGCUGGUCCGAUCUCCGCAUCUAUACUCCAGGUUCGGGCUUCCAGUGAUCAAGAAAAAAAUAGAGAAUUUUAGAGCAAAGGGAAAGCAAAAGAAAACUCUCUUCUUUUCUCUGUAAUGUUUUCCUUCUUUAUCUUUUCCAUGGCUUUUUAAUAUCGUUCUGUGGAACUGUUUCUAAAAACUCUGGCAUAUGUAUUAGUUAUAGAGUAUGAUGAGGUACAGAUCGACAUAUACUUAGUCAUUUGGGUUUGAAUAAUUUU